GAAAUAUGAUUGUUCUUUGUGUAUUUUCUGUAGGGAAAUCUUUUUUGUUUGAUUUUGUUUGAUCACUGGAAAAGACUUUAGUUAAUAAUUAUAAAAAAAACUUUAUUUAAAAAAAAAACUAUUAAAACAUCUGCAGUAUUUGUGCUAAAAAUGAUAAGGUCAGUAAUGAGGUCUUAUGACAGCUUGGAUGAAUUCUAUUACUGUAGUAAUAUAAACAGCAAAAGUAUCCCAUGAUGGCAAAUUGUUAGAAAAAUAGUUCAUUUUAAGUUUAGAAGUUUAAAGUCUAAGUUUAUGCUUUUGAUUUGUCAUGAAAUGAGGAAAUGGGUGUAGACUCCAGUGAAAUAUCACACUUCUCAGUAAGUGUUAUGGUAUUGUAACACCUUCCUUUCAUUUUAUUCCUGAAGCCCAGGCUUUGUGGUUACACACAGAUUGUGUUGUUUCCUUCCAUCAAACACUGUUCACGCUUUACUUUUACGAAAGUCUUAAAGAAAUGGGUGACCUGUUAAUGGUGAUCAUUCUGCAGGUAGGAAGAUUGCAAAGAAAUCAUCACAGAAAGAAAACAUGCUGUAACAAUGAGCGCUAUACAAAACAGGAAAUAAUGGUGAAAAAAAUUAUUUCACAAUAUGUGAAUCAAAAUAUGCACUGUACAUAAAAAUUUUUUUGCCAUAUGCUUAUUAAAUGAAGGGUAAAAACUGGCCUCAAAAUACCUUUCAGCAACUGCAGACUUUUACCAAAACUACAAUCCAUUAGAGGUCUUCACCAGCAGAACUAUAAUGACUAAACUGCAAGGAUGGAAAACAGGAAGGCCAGUUACUCAGGCUGUCUUCACAGUGGAUAAUGUGCCUGUACAACAAGGAAAGUCCAUCGUCAUUCCUUGUUUAUAUAAUGCAGAAUAUAUUAAUCAUCCAAAGUACCUAUGUUUUGGAAGGACAUGGGCUUUUUGCAAAGAUGUUAUGCAAACGAAACACAGGAUGCUGUCCAUUUCGGAUGACCAAACCCAGCAAAUAUUUACUGUGACUAUGAAGAAUGUAACAACUAGUGAUGCUGGUCAGUACUGGUGUUCUGUUAAAACCCCUGGCCUUGAUGUAAAGACAUCCUUUCAACUAAAAGUCAAAAAAGCUACUCCUGAGCUGUAUGUGGAUGAUCAGAUGGUAACUGGAUAUGAGGGCGGCCAUGUGGUGAUUUCCUGCCAUCAUCAAACCAAGAAACCAAUAGCAUGGUGUAAGAUGACUGGCACAUGUGUGAAAACUACUGGAACCAUGAGUGGUGCCUUGGUUCAGCUCAGCAGUAUGGACGGGGGUUUUACUGUGACCAUGAGCAAGCUGACAAUGAACAACACAGGAUGGUACUGGUGCUCAGCAGGAGACGAACAGAUACCUGUUCACAUCACUGUACAGAGGAGUACACCCAACUGGGAGAGCAGAAGCUCAUUUGCGUGGCUGAUAUUUUUGGGAUCGCUGCUUGCAUUAGCUUGUAUGGCUCUGAAUGUGUUCAGGCAACAGAAACAAAAAUGUGAAAUGUUCUCAGUGUCCAGGAGGUCUGAAAGUCCAUAUGUAAGCAUGAAAAAACCAAAUAUACAACAACAUGAAGACAAAGACUUUGAAGCUCAGGAUUAUGAAAUUAUGUCCAGUCCUGUGCAAAGCCUGGAGGUUCAGGGGAAGAAAGCUGAAGGCAAUGAAUCACUAAAGAGAGAUGGAGGUCACAUUACAUACUAAGACGACUUUGUUCUUAAAGGAUCUUACUGCACCUGCUGAAUAUGAUUUGCAUUACAUUUAAUGGGACAAUAUGAAGUCGAAAUAAAUAAGCUACAUUCAAUUUUCCAAAAGUGGAGAAGAAGAAACAUGUGGAGCUGUCCAUUAUGAGAUUCACCAAAAUUUCAUGUGUAUUUUUCAAAUACCUUCCAAAGAAUAAACACAUCAACAGAAUGAAUAUUUUAUAACGCACUAAAAUCUAGCCAUCGCACAGAGUACUGCUGCUUCAUAACUAAUUUAAAAUGUUUUUAUCUUUGCCUCUAAUCUUAUGGCACGAGGCAAGGGCCUCUGUGUUUAGUGUGUAAGAGACCUCUAUGAAACAGGGAGCUGUUCUUUAAUACUGCAUGUGAUGAUUCACUUUUCCUCCUGAAUGUUCAGGAAAGCAUUGCACUGAGCUUCACUGAAUGCCAUCAAGCAUUGCUCACAGCAUGUAAUUGUGCAAAAUUUUUGAUUUUGCAAUUUGCACUUGGUCCUCAAGGGGGCCUCAGUGAUAUUUGUUUAGCUUAAAUAGAGUGCACAUAUGCAAACCAGCAUUAGUCUACUGUAUUUUAAGGUUAUGAUAGUACAUAUUCUCUGAGUACUUUGUAUCAUUUCGUGUUUUCUGCAUUGGUCUGGAUAAAUGUGUCUGCCAAAUGAUGUAAAUAAAUAUAUAUGAAAUAAUGUAAUAAUGUAAAUAAACAUGUAUGAGGGAAAAAAAGAUAUUAUACUUCAUUAUACACCAUUGUGUGUACUGUAUUGUACAUGUGUUAUAUUGGAUGUUGUACCACAGUGUCAUUGGAUUCUCAAAUCUGACUGAAUUUUCUGUUAGAGCAACUCUGACAGUAUUUCCAGCUGUAAUUCAAAACGCAGGUUUAUUUUAAUGCACUCUAUCUAAUGUGGUAGCAUUUCUACACUAACAGCUCAUUCUCAGAGACUUGUGUAGUGGAUGCUCCAUGUAAUCUACUUCAUUCAGUUUUCUACCAUGGGAAAGUAUUCAGGACAGAGGAAAGAUUAAAGACACGGAAAAAAAGAGGUGCUGUUUACAGCUGCUUUAACAUAACUAACUUGUCUUGCAGACGUUCCGCAAUAUUAAAUGUAACUAUAAAUGGUUAAAAAGCACAAUGUGUCAUUCAUUAAUAAAA